AGCAUGCUAGCUCCAGCGCGCGACAACAGGCAACGAGCAAUUGUACACCAUACAAACAUCGUAUUGCAACGACAUGUCCCGUGCAGACAGCACACUGAACGGACACUCGACCUCUUGCCAGACCCAGAAUGGCCGCUGAUUCCACUGCUAACCUGCAGUUGUUCUCACCACCAGGCUCGGGGCGCUCUUCGCCAGCACCACGGGCAACGCGUAACGCUGCAGAAGACGCUUUGUACAAGAAGGACAAACCCUUUCGGCGAUAUGCACUCGGUGUUGAACGAACGCUCGCCCUGUGGGACACAGCGCAGCAGGAAUGGGCAGACUACAUCUCUUUCCUGGGGCGCCUGUUGAAGGCCUUGCAAGCGCACCCUUCCGAGACCCCUGUCAUCCCCCAUAGCGAUACAGUCGCACUGCGAUUAGCGCAGUGCUUAAAUCCAGCAUUGCCCUCAGGUGUUCACCAGAAGGUCCUUGAGGUCUAUGCCUACAUCUUCUCGACAAUCGGAAAAGGUCCGCUUGCCCGUGACCUGACCCUCUACCUCCCAGGCCUCGCCACAACACUCUCGUUCGCCUCGCUUUCGGUGCGCCCGAUAUUUCUCUCCAUCUUUGAGGACCACAUCCUGAAGCUCGACGGCGCUGCGCUGAGACCAGCUCUGAAAGCUAUAGUACUGUCUCUACUACCAGGCCUGGAAGAUGAGACGAGCGAGGACUUUGAACGCAUGGUGUCAGCACUUGACAAAUUGCGCAGAGCUGUGCAAGAUCAGACGAAUGACAUGGUAGACGCGAAGAGCAACAACGGCCAUGCCUCUCAUUUCUGGCAGUGUUUCUUCCUCGCCAGUAUAACCAACGCCUCGAGGAGACAAGGCGCACUUGCUUUUCUGACGCGUCGACUGCCCAAAUUUGGUCUUCCAGCUCCCAAGAAUGGCAUGCAAAGCGGAAGCCUAUCUCUUGAGGCUGAGGCAGCUGUACACCCAGAACCAGGUCUGUUGAUUCGAUGCUUUGAGUCAGGUCUCUCAGAUCCGCAGCUUCUAAUUCAAAGAGGAUUCCUGGAUCUAAUCGUCAGUCACCUCCCACUCGAGUCUCCUGUCCUGCAGCAACGCAUCAGCAAGACAGACCUUGAGCGCCUUGUAGCUGCUGCUGCCAGUGUGGUGUCUCGCAGAGAUAUGAGUCUGAAUCGAAGACUGUGGGCAUGGUUUCUUGGACCGGACCCUUCGACCGCUGAGAACAGCGAGGGGGCUGAGUCGCCUACACAAGAGCGACACAACGCAACAUCCACAGACCCUUCUACCGUCCACGCUGCUUAUUUCUCUCGCUACGGUUUAGCUGCAUUGACAACAAGCGUGUUGAAGAUGAUCAAUCGACAAACCAAAACAGCUGUCGAGCGCGCAAGGCCUUUUCGAGUGUGUCUGUCCCUCAUGGACCGUUGGGAAGUUGGAGGCCUGAUUGUACCCGAGCUGUUCUUGCCUGCGCUACAGAGUGUUCAGUCCUACAGUGAACAUGCAACCAAAGAGCAAGUUGACGAGGUCAUGAGAAGCGCCAGUGCAUUCUUCGACGGCGUUGACAGCGGUCUCAUCUGGGGCAAAUUGACUCAGCUGGUCACUUCAUCCUUGGACGGCUCCAGAUCGAAGCAAGAGUCACUGCAACAGAUGAAGCUUGCCAAGUUUAUUCUCGCGCGCUUCAAUCUCAAGGAGGAGGACAUGCUACUUCAUCAUAUGCCGCUGAUGAUUGUUGCUACUCUGACUUCACUCGGUCAGGUAUCCCAGGAUCGCAAUUCGAGACCUGAUAUCGAGGUCAUCGCCUUAGCACUCGAGACUGCUGACUCUCUUGUUCAAAUCGUACCUGACCGAGCGUUGAGGGCUGAGCAAGCUCCCAAUGCGCAGUACACCACUACUGAGCUCGGUACCUCGAGAACUCAAGUGCUGCAGCAGAUAGCAAACUUCUACGAAGACGCUCAAGCUGGGCUAGAGUCAGCAGAACGUCUCUACGAACCUGGGGUGGUGGGCCGCGCCGCUUUACGACAGGCCUCACAUAUAACGCUGACUGCACUUCAAAUAGACGGGUGGUCGCACUCGCCGGAGCUGCCAUCCAAGAUCCUGGCUAAUCUAAUCGUCAAGACACAGGACCUGGGCGCUAUCGACGAUUUUGAGUUCUCUUCUGUUCUCCAGAAUUCCCUCUCGAGAUCAAAUUUGAUCACCAGCGUGCCAUUCUCGCACUUGAGUGCUGCUGCUGGUAUCCUUGUUGCUCUACAAGUCGCGCGUCCGUCACAGCCAUACAUCUCUGCACCAAAUCUAUCUGAGCUUUUUCAUCAGCUGAUUGCAUGUUUAUGGCAUUACUUGUCGCCGACCAUGCCAAAGUACCAUGUCGAAGCUACUUUGUGUAUAUUGCAACUGCACUCGAUCUCGCCAUCUGACCGCUUGGUCGAGGCAGCUAUCUCCUCGAUCGUCGCAUCGCAGAUUCAGCAGGGCUCCAGUACUGCAUCAAUUCCAGAUUAUGGCCGGCGCUUCGCAGUUCUCUGGACGCACACCAUGCAUGAGCUCAGCCUGCAAUCAGAAAAGCGUGGAAGUGUGACACGACGCCCAAGUGGAAUGUCUGUGCCAACCCCAACUUUCUCGCCGGCGACGUAUCACGCAGUACUUACUCGACCGCUCCUGCUUCUGCUUGACACCCUUGCCGAGGAAGGCACGGAGGUUUCCACCUUCAUGAAGAGCUGGCUGCUCGAUCUGCCGACUCUCAACAGAGUGUUUGAGGUACAAGCUGUGCACCUUCAGUCCCUGCAAUGUCUCCAAGCCAUAGAGAACCUGAGGCCUGAAAACAAUCCCAAGCCAACCCAUGCAGCAAGCCUAGGCGACGACACCAGAGAGUGUCUGUACUAUCUGAGUCAUAUCUUUCACAUACUGAAACGUCCCUCGCAGUUCACUUGGGCAACGUUGGCCAAGACUGCUGCCGCCUGGGACACGACAUUGCCUGGUCAAAUGUCCCUGCAAGAGUGGUUUGUCAGAAAGUGUCUUGGUGCCCUGUCAAUCCAAGCUGGUAUCGCUGAUGCAGUCCUUGAGCUUCAUGUCCAUGAAUUGCAUCGGAUAGCUAUCUCUAUUAUCUCAAAAAUCUACCAGAGUCCAUUCGCUCCGUCUCUGAGGGAUCUAGAGAUUGAGGUUCCGCUCAUGGUCAGACUGAGGACCGCGGUGCCUACUUUACAGAGCCUUCUGCUCGGUGCAAUCCUAUCCGCGCUUCGAAUACGUCUCAUGCAGCCUCCUGAAGAGAAGUCACAGGAACUGAGACCACCACAAAUUGCCGCUCAUAGAUCGCGGCUGUCACUAGCCUUGAACAGAGAUUCUGUAGAUCACGCACCACCGUCUAUACCUCCUCCACCCCAAUUGGUUGAGUGCCUUAAAUUCGGAUUCUCUUCGCCAUCCAGUCGACUCGUGCUCGAUGAUUGGGUACAGUUCCUCAUCGAGGUGUUGCCUAUGUUUGCCGACACCAUUUUCCAAAACUUGCUCCCUUUAGUCGAAUGCCUUUGCAAGGAGAUCAAUAAUACUUUCGACCUACUGAAGAUUACAUUCGCACGACAUGAAGCGCUGGCUGGCAAGUCACCGGAGACUACACUUAUCUCUCUAGUCAAUGGCCUAGAGCAGAUUUUGGCUAAGGCACACGAUCGUCUGAUGGUUCAGGAGACCCAAGCAUCCGCCAACAAAUCGCCAGAGGCCCCUCAGGGAUUCUUCAGCAACGUAGUUUCUGGUGUCUUUGCACCAGAGGCUAAUCAGACAAGGACGCCAACAGCCAACAGUAGGCUUACGGUGUUACUGUGUUUCCAGGACACUGUGCGCAUCUGUUUCGCUAUAUGGUCGUGGGGCGGCUUUACACAGGAACGUCAAGACCCUACCUCUAUAUCAUCCUUCAGCUACACCUCACUACGAAUGCGCAAUCGAGCAAGACGUCUCCUCGAACACCUCUUUGCUGCCGAAGCCUUAGAGUGUCUCGAAAUUUUAGCAGUGUCCUGGGCACAGACGAUUGAAGAAGACGCUCACGAGACUGCUGUCAUGGGGCUGCUGAACGUACUGAACGGGUCAAGGCCGAAGCUAACUAUUCCGGCAAUUUUCAACGCUGUGUACAGCCGCACAGACCCAAACGCUUUAGACCCCAACCGCAUGUCUACUUUGACAUCUGACCUGUCAGACACAGAUCUCGUCACGUUCCUGGUCGAGUACACAAGGUCACUCGAGGAUGAUGCAAUGGAUGAGAUAUGGCAAGACUGUACAUUGUUCUUGCGCGACGUGCUUGCGAAUCCUCUACCUCAUCGUCAAAUACUACCGAGUCUGCUUGAAUUCACCGCUAUCAUUGGUCAGAAGGUUGACAACACGACAUUUGGUGAGCAGCGAAAGAUGAGGCGCGAGUUGGCGGACAUUUUCUCACGCAUUCUGACCGCAACAUUCACCACCCGUCCUAUGGGCUACGCGCAAGAUAUAGAUCACUCAGCACCGAAUGCGAAAACCACAUCAGUAACGAAAAGCGUGUACGCACACAAGAGAGCUACCGAUAUCGUGGCCAUACUGACAUCCAUCGUACCGAACUUGCCUAUCGUCCUCGCAGACACAGACCGAGUCACAAAGGUGGUCUCUGACAUCUCCACAUCAGUCAUUGGUCCUACCUUCCGAGCGAAGUCAUUCCCGGACAAUGUAUCUGCCAACACUUUGCAACUGCUUCACCAAUUGACGAAAGUGGCACAGGGUAGUAAGCUGCUGAAGAAGGACAUCUACGAUGCCUUUAACGACUCGAGAUUUUUCAAUACGUCCGUCGGUCUGGUGCAGGACGCAUGGCUACCGAUCCUGUCGCAAUGGACACAGUCCGACAAGGAUCGUGUGCCAGAACUCUUGUCACGAUUGACAGCACCGACAACAGCUGGCAUCAUGUUUGGCGUCGGUGCUGCAUCAGCACGCCAAGAGGCUGAUCGCAAGGCACAAACGACCUUACGUCGCGUCUCACUUCUCAUCUUAGCCAGCCCAGAAGACGCAUUCACACCCACCAUUCCCCAAAUCCUGGAGAAGAUCGUCGAGCUUUUCACCGCAACGCCCGCAUCAUCGCCUUCAUCCGCGACCCGCGCAGAUGUCUUUGUGCUUCUGCGCUCUGUGAUCCUUAAAACCUCGUCCAUUCACCUAGCCGCCGUCUGGCCGGUCGUCAACGGCGAGCUAACACGCAGCCUCUCCUCCCUCCUCCCCGAUGCACCCAAUAAAGAACACUACAAUAACGCCGGCAUAAUUCAGGCCUGCAAGCUCUUUGACCAGCUUGUUGUGCUGGACCCAGAUGACUUCCAGCUUAUCGAAUGGCUUUUCUUGACCGAUACCAUUGAUGCUGUGUAUAAGCCAAGCUCACCGCCGGCACUGCAGAGCCUGGCAGAUGAGAUCAGUGAGGUGCUGAGUCAGACGGGUGCGCCGCUUGUUGCACCGCUUGUGCAGAAUGAAGAUGCUGGUGAUGAGCCGUUGAGGAGGUUGUUCUUGGACCCAUUGAUCAGGGCGCUGGAGGUUGAAGAGGGUGCGACCGUGCUGGAUAUGGCAAGAGGUGAGCUGGUGGAUAGGGUUGUUAGGCCGUUCUUGGGCGGGCUGGCGAUGGGCGCGUUUGAAGCGCGGUAUGGAGGGGGAGAGCCGGAUUGGAAGGGGGUUUGGGAGAGUGUUGUCAGAGAUGCUGCGAGCUGAGACUGUAACUAGGGUCGGAUGCCAAGAAAUGCAUGCUCUUUCUCGAGGCAGGUGAGUCCAUGCGUGGUGUUGGCACCUGCCUUCGCUGCCCAUCAGCGCCAAACACCACAGCCACUGGGCAGUCGC